UCCUCCUCUCUUGUCUCUUCUGUGGACUGCAAAGCGAACGCAAGGCAGCUGCCUCGCUGCGUGCAAUCAUCCUCACGCCAAGUGCACGCCAAGUGGACGAGCUUCUCGUCCAUCGCCGCCUUUUCUUCGCAUUCGAGUCCAUUUUGGAGCCGCGGGGAUGUCCGUCGCGGGGCUGAAGAAGCAGUUCCACAAAGCCACGCAGAAAGUCAGCGAGAAGGUGGGCGGCGCCGAAGGAACCAAGCUUGACGAUGACUUUAAAGAAAUGGAGAAGAAAGUGGACGUGACCAGCCGAGCGGUCCUGGACAUCAUGACCAAAACCACCGAGUACCUGCAGCCCAACCCGGCCUCCAGGGCCAAGCUCAGCAUGAUCAACACCAUGUCAAAAAUCCGUGGCCAGGAGAAGGGACCCGGAUACCCGCAGGCCGAGUCCGUCCUCGGAGACGCCAUGUUGAAGUUUGGCCGGGAACUAGGGGAGGACUCCUGCUUCGGCCUGGCACUCAUUGACGCUGGUGAAGCCAUGAAAGAACUGGGUGAAGUGAAGGACGCUCUGGACAUGGAGGUGAAACAAAACUUCAUCGACCCACUGCAGAACCUCCACGACAAAGACCUGAAAGAGAUCCAGCACCACCUGAAGAAGAUGGAGGGACGCCGUUUGGAUUUCGACUACAAGAAGAAGCGUCAGGGGAAGGUGCAGGACGAUGAGAUCAAACAAGCGCUGGAGAAGUUUGAUGAGAGCAAGGAGAUUGCAGAGCAGAGCAUGUUCAACCUUCUGGAGAGUGACAUUGAGCAGGUGAGCCAGUUGGCGGCGCUGGUCCAGGCCCAGUUGGAGUACCACAGUCGCACCGCUCAGAUCCUCCAGCAACUCUCCAGCAAGAUGGACGACAGGAUAAAGGAAGUGUCCAGUAAGCCCAGGAAAGAGUUUGUUCCAAAACCACGCAUGACCUUGGAGCUCCUGCCGCCCAGUGAGAGCCACAACGGUGGCCUCCACUCUGCUAAAUCCCCCGGAAGAUCACCAGCCCCGCUGGACCAGCCGUGCUGCCGGGCGCUCUACGACUUUGAGCCGGAGAACGAAGGCGAGCUGGGCUUCAAGGAGGGCGACGUCAUCACGCUGACCAAUCAGAUCGAUGACAACUGGUACGAGGGAAUGAUCCACGGUAACUCGGGCUUCUUCCCCAUCAACUACGUCGACAUCCUGGUGCCGCUCCCGCAUUAAGGCCCCGCCACCCACACGGCCAAUACCACGGUCCCGGUUUUAGCGUCCUCCUCCUCUUCCUCCUCGUCCUGUCUUCUUCUUCUUUUGCUGUGCUUUGCGCGACUGCGUUCACGUCGGAGAAGGCGAGGCUGCGGGACUGGAAGGGAGCGAACAAAUUACCACAUGAUGUUUGCCCGCUCGGCGCCUCACACCGUCGAGCGCCGCCGCUACCGAGUGGGCUCGUCCCACCGCGCGCGUGUGUGGAGCUUGUGUGUCGUCUCGUUUUGCGUCGUUCCCGUCAGGGCGCCGUCGCAUGGCUCUCGCCUCGUCUUCGUUUCCACCUUCUUACGCCACUUUGGGCUGUUUGCAUGAGCUAGCCUCUUAAGUGGAGCAGCAAUGCAUCAUGGGAUCACAGCUGCUCAGCAAUAAGUUCCAAAAAAAGUCGGGGUGCUGGGCAGGAAUAUGCGGACACUUCCCAGUCGGGUGUUUUGUGUUGAGAGGCUGCUUGUUGACUUUUGAUGUGGCUUUUGCAUGCAGGAUGGACGACUUGAUCGAGUGAUUGGUGUUACACGUAUGUCACAAAGUCACCGUGGUGAGCUGUGAGUGAUUUUGCGGAAAAAGCAGCAGCGGUCGUGGCUUUGUUAAAGAUGGCCAGUCGGUAUCUAUUCGCUGUAUUCAACCUUAGCAGCAAUGCAAACCACACAAGUGUAUAUUCCCCAUGGCGAGGCCACUGACUGGCGUCCGUGUGGUCGUCUCGUGUGCAUGCCGGCAUCCUUCAUGUCCACGAAAGGAAUCGAAAUAGUGUUCAGCCAAGCUAACGGCACUGUAUUCAAUGUCAACGGCGGUCACAAAUGGCUAAUAUGUUCACAUACUAAGCCAGUAUUUAACACAGUGGUGCGAAGGAAUAAAGUACAAAUUCUACCUUAUGGUACUUAAAUUGCUUUUUUAGGUAUCUUUAUUUUGUGGGGGGGAGUUUUGCCGUUGUGGUCUGUAACCUCACGCUUACCUGUUAGCUUGGGCUUCAGGAGCUUUUGGAUUCUUAAUUGAUUUUACAUUCCAAAACAUUUAGUGUUAUCCGAACACUCUAUGAUGAAUAUGACAUGCUACCACCGUAGCAGCUUUGACUAACGUCAGCUUGUUUACAGUGCUAAAGCUAGCUUAGUAACGCUAGCGCCGUUUUGUUGGAAGAUUGACAGCGUUCUUUGUGACUACGUGAUACAAUUCGGCACUUUCAUAAUUGUGCAUGUCACUGUGGAGUGAGUUUGUUCAAAUCUCACAAGCGGUUUUGAAACUGCCCAUUUUAGUUGCUUUGUAUGACAGCUUUUUAAUUGGAACGUAAACGGGAGCAUUAAACGAGAAUGGCAGCAGAUUCGAAGAGGGAACUGUAAGAAUAAUAUAUGGCGAAUAUGUUGUGUCUCGUGCCAGCCGAAAAAACACUUGCUUCUGGCAUUUUAAAAAUUUAAUUUCAUUAAAGAAACACACACACAAGAUAGGUGUAUUUUUUCAUUUGUUAUUGUCAGUUAAUUUAGCAUGUUUGGUAACUUGAUUCACAACAUUUGCAAAGGUAUGAGAAUAUGUCGUGCUAGCAUAAAAGUCCAACUGGCUUUUUCCGUAGCUUCAACGUCAAGCCAACGCCAUUUCGCUUUUCUCUUUUUGUACUAAAGGGACCCACUAAUGUAUGUACUUUUUUGUACUUAAGUGCAGCCGUUUUAUCACGACUUGUUUUGUUUUUUGCAUUGUGCUUCCACAAUCGUACAGAUUGUGAGUAUUUUGGCCACCUUUGAUUUAGCAAAGCGCAAGGUGACAUUCUCAGAAACAAAUUACCUUGCAUAAAACACAAACACUACAAAUAACAGCUGUGAGGGCAAUAAAAAUAUUCCAAUAAGCUACAUUUGUGGGCUGCAUGCUUUGCGUCAUGGUGACCUGAUGCUCUGUUGUGUACCCCCUUGUCCCCCAUUUCUGAGAGCUUUUUUAUUACAUUUUUUUGUCUUCGUCGAUGGCGACGUGUAUUUUGACCUCAGUGAGGGACCUGUGCGGCCUUCGUCGUCACGUCACGUCGUCGCGAAGAGUAAACAUACUUGAAGAUGUCCGCAGUGAAACUUUGCUCGUCGGACCAGGAUUGGUGUGAUCUUGUGACCUUGCUUUGCCUUGCGGCUGUAUAAAAUAGCCUCAUGCCUGCCUGGUGUCUUCUGCUAUGCGUGUAACCUUAUUUAUUGUAUUUAUUAUUUAUUUAUUCUCAUGUCUCUAUUUUUAAGAGCAUACACUUGUGGCGUACUUUAAAGACGCGGGGUCGAGGAGGUGUGGUCAAAGCUAGCCUGUACUAACUGUUGCUCUCCUCGUGUUGGAUGAUGAUGAUAUAUACAACCGGUAUAUGUAUAUCUUGCUUGUUGUGAAAAGACCUGCAAUGUAAUGACAAUAAAUGAUUAACACUACAAA